GACCUACGUUGCUCCCGUGUUUUUUUUAUUGCGUUUUUUCUCCUUGUGUGCUCUGCUCUCAAACGGAGACAUCGACGUGCGACAUCAGCAGCGACAGCACACAGAUCAGACAGACAUCUAAUCCAGACAAUUCUCACCGGCAACUAACUCUCUUUCCUUCGCCACACCUCCAGAAACACGAACCACACACACAGACACACACCUGCAAAAAAUAAAAAAGGAGAAAUGCUGCGUUCUCGCUGCGCUUUGUGCGGCGUCCAACGUGGUGUCGCACCGCACGUUUUUCUCACCGGUUCGUCGGCGCGGUGGCUGCGCGCCUCUCGCGUGCUCCUCAGCGCCGCUUCCACGCCCCCCGGCGUUCACCCCGCCCUGGCACGGCGCGCCGUCGAGAACAAAGCGCCGUCAGCCAAGCACAGACAGAAGACACCGACAACGCCGGAAGAACCGCUUUCGAGGCCCCGCACACACGAGAACGUCUUCGCGCAUCAGGCGACGGCGGCGCUGAAUUCUCUUUUUGCCAGGCCGCACUCAUCAGCCUCGACCGCACCACUCGACGGCGCGGCGGAGACGAUCGAUGUCGCAGAGAGCUGUGCAGCAGCUGCAGAAGCAGCAGUGCAGAAGACGGUGGCAACAACCACCGCAGCUGUCCGUGACGCGGCGCCGCACGACGAAGCGGCACCCGAGCUGCUCGUGUCGCAUGGCGAGGAGGAGCUGCUGGAGGAUCGUGCGCUACAAGCACUGGAUAUGACGAACCCCGAAGCGUAUGCCACGACGACGUCGACGCACGACGCGCCUGCCGCUGCGACGGAGGGCGAGGAGGGUCAACGCAGCGCCCCGAUACCGCGACAGAAGCUGCAGGCAGCAGAAGGCAACACCGCGACCCCGCUGCAUUCGCCCAACAUGCAGGAUGGCAGCCGCGUCGCCGCGAAGGAGGCACUGCCCAAUCUUCAGAGGCCCGUCAACCUGCAAGGAGCGCUUUAUUUUGGCGAGAUGGCGUCCAUGUUGCAGGAGGCGGCCCACGAUCGCCACUUCGUGUCUCCGGUCUGGAGCACCCAAGAGGCCUUCGAAGCGAUUGGGUCCGCGGUCGAGGUGCCAGACGCCGAGGGCGUGGUGCUGCCCAUCUCCUCGGCCCAGCAGAUCUGCGUCUUCAACCUGGAGCAGACGUCGCUGGCCGAUCGGUUCCGUGUGGCGACGGCGCUGGAGCUGCGGAAGUACGUGCACGACCGAAAGAGGUCGUCCGCCGCGCGCCCAUCACCGUGCAGGCCGUUGACCAUCGCAGGCAGUCCACUGUCGCGCGAGCGGGCCAACGCGCUCGCGAAUUCGCCCACUUUCUUUCACUGGCAGGAGCAGUGUCCGUAUUGGGUUUCCAUAAAUGACUUGCGCGUUCUCGACGCAGCUGUCCGACCAGAGAUGGAGGACCAAUACAUCAUGAUGCCUCGUUUCGGCGUCAGCCCAAGCGGGUCGAGGGAAACCGACGGCGGCUGCAGUUCCUCUUCUUCCUCUUCGUUCGCGGCGGACAGCCGCACACUCCGUCGAAGCGAGGUGGAUGAGGAGGACCGCAUGUACAACCUCCUGCAGCUCCACGACGAUGAGGGGCGGUUCUCGCGGCCGUUUGGGCACUCUGCAGAGAAGCUGUCGCGGUGCUACGGUAUUCGCGGGACGCGCUACAGCCCCGCCACGACGUGGCUCAUGUGGGAGUACUGCCAGCGCUACCACUUCCCCCUCUCCUCGGGCCGCAUUGUGAUGCUGACAGCGGAGCGUAUUCAGAACAUGGGCGGUACAGUGAUACAAGAGGCACGAUACCCCCUUCCGCAAGAGUCGAAGGCGCAGUCUCACGCUGACGAGGAGGCGAGGAGUAACACCGCCGCGGAGGACGGUGAUGGUGUUGUGCCCCCGCCCUUCACGAUGCUCAUACACGGCGAGGUGGUGACGCUGUACAACGCGCUGCAGACCGACAUCCCGAAUGCUAUCUUUCAAUACGUGGAGCGGCAACUCGAAGAUCGAUUUAAAUUCAGUUUUGCGAAGAUGGACAACAACUUCUUCCGACCUGAACACGAGGCAGCGGGACAGAGAAAAUACUAA